AUGUGGGCUCUCCGUUCUGUGCUGUUGUUGCGGUCCGCGGCCGGGCGCGCCAUGUCGCAGGGACCCGCCCGCCGCCAGCGGCCGCCCAAGGACCUGCUGCGGCACCUGCGCACGCGGGAGAAGCGCGGCGCGGCGUGGGAGCCCGGGGGCCCGAACACCGUGUACCUGCAGGUGGUGGCGGCCGGCGGCCGGGAUGUGGGCGCGGCGCUCUACGUGUUUUCCGAGUAUAACCGGUACCUCUUCAACUGUGGAGAAGGCGUCCAGAGGCUCAUGCAGGAGCACAAGUUGAAGGUGGCUCGUUUGGAUAACAUAUUCCUGACCCGAAUGCACUGGUGUAAUGUGGGGGGGUUGUGUGGAAUGAUUCUUACCCUAAAGGAAACCGGGCUCCCAAAGUGUGUGCUUUCUGGACCCCCACAACUGGAAAAAUACCUAGAAGCUAUCAAGAUAUUUUCUGGUCCAUUGAAAGGAAUAGACCUGGCUGUGCGGCCCCACUCGGCACCAGAAUACAAGGAUGAGACCAUGACUGUCUUCCAGAUACCCAUAUACAGUGAGCAGAAGUGUGGAGAACGCCGGUCAUCUCAGAGUCCAGAACGACUCAGUCCAGGGCGGUCUUUGGAUUCCGGAUCUGCUGAAAAGGAGCAGCACCUUCCGGAUGGUAUUGGCCAGAAAAAGAGUGGCAGGGACCCCUCCUUGGUUGUAGCUUUCGUCUGUAAGCUUCAUGUGAAGAAGGGCAACUUCCUGGUGCUCAAAGCCAAGGAGCUGGGCCUGCCAGUUGGGACAGCUGCCAUCGCUCCCAUCAUUGCUGCAGUCAAGGGCGGGAAGAGCAUCACUUACGAGGGCAGAGAGAUUUUGCCUGAAGAGAUCUGUACUCCUCCGGAUCCUGGUCUUGCCUUUGUUGUGGUAGAAUGUCCGGACGAAGGAUUCAUUCAACCCAUCUGUGAGAACGCCACCUUCAAGAGGUACCAAGGAAAUGCCGAUGCCCCCGUGGCGCUCGUGGUGCACAUGGCCCCAGAGUGUGUGCUUGCGGACCCCAGAUACCAGCAGUGGAUGGAGAGGUUUGGGCCCGCCACCCAGCACCUGGUCCUGAACGAGAGCUGCUCAUCGGUCCACAAUCUCCGCAGCCACAAGAUCCAGACGCAGCUCAGCCUCAUCCACCCCACCAUCUUCCCCCCGCUCGCCACCCCCCACAGCCAGGAGGAACACCCUGCCUUCUUCCGUGUGCCCACGGUCCGGGGCGAAUGUCUCCUCAAGUAUCAGCUCCGUCCUCGGAGGGAGUGGCAGAGGGAUGCUGUUAUUGUCUGUAAUUCCGAUGAAUUCAUAGCCGAGGCCCUGGAGCUCCCCAAUUUCCAGGAAAGCGUUCAGGAAUACCGGGAGGCCGUGCAGGAUGGCCCAGCCCCAGCAGAGAAAAGAAGCCAGUAUCCAGAAAUCGUCUUCCUCGGAACAGGCUCUGCCAUCCCGAUGAAGAUUCGAAACGUCAGUGCCACGCUUGUCAACGUAAGCCCCGACAGGUCCCUGCUCCUGGACUGUGGCGAAGGCACGUUCGGGCAGCUGUGCCGUCACUACGGAGACGAGGUGGACAGGGUCCUGGGCACCCUCGCCGCCGUGUUCGUGUCCCACCUGCACGCGGAUCACCACACGGGCUUGCUGAAUAUUCUGCUGCAGAGAGAACGGGCUCUGGCGUCCCUGGGGAAGCCGUGUCCCCCGCUGCUGGUGGUCGCCCCGACCCAGCUCAAGGCCUGGCUCCAGCUGUACCACAACCAGUGCCAGCAGCUGCUGCAGCACGUGAGCCUGAUUCCCGCCAAGUGCCUUCAGAAAGGAGCGGAGGUCUCCAGCCCCGCGGUUGAAAGGCUGAUUGGUUCGCUGCUGGGAGCGUGUGACCUGGCAGAGUUUCAGACCUGCCUGGUCCGGCACUGCAAGCAUGCUUUCGGCUGCGCGCUGGUCCACACGUCCGGCUGGAAAGUGGUCUAUUCCGGGGACACCAUGCCCUGUGAGGCCCUGGUCCAGAUGGGGAAGGAUGCCACCCUCCUGAUACACGAGGCCACGCUGGAAGACGGCCUGGAGGAGGAGGCCGUGGAAAAGACACACAGCACUACCUCCCAGGCGAUUGGCGUGGGGGUGCGGAUGAACGCGGGGUUCACCAUGCUGAACCACUUCAGUCAGCGCUAUGCCAAGGUGCCGCUCUUCAGCCCCGACUUCAACGAGAAAGUGGGGAUUGCCUUUGACCACAUGAAGGUCAGCUUCGGGGACCUCCCGACAGUGCCCAAGCUGACCGCACCGCUCAAAGCCCUGUUUGCCGGCGACAUCGAGGAGAUGGAGGAGCGCAGGGAGAAGCGGGAGGUGCGGCUGGCGCGGACGGCCCUGCUGUCCAGGGAGCAGGCGGGUGGCCCCGAGGAUGGGACACCCCUGCAGAAACGGGCCCUCACGGAGCAGCCUCAGAACCCCCAGAGCAAGAAGGUCAGGGCCCAGUGA